UGGUUAAGUGACCUCAUUGUCAUUUUGAGUGAAGUGUUGGUAAAGUGUUGAACAACUCGAUAAUAUUGACAAAAACGUUUCAAAUCUGUUUUCACACAAAUACCUACAACAAAAUACGAAUAAAAAUUUAUUCUACACGCUGAAUUUUUUCAAAUGUAAUACUUAAAAAAAAUUAGCUAGUUUUUAUGACGUCAAAAUUUAUGACUUGUGGUGAUAAAAUGGAAUUACACAAAUUGUAUUAACACAAAAAUUCUACUUCAAACUACGAAAAGUGUUCCAUUUUGUUGAUUUUUCUCUAAUUUCAAUUGCAAUACUGGCUAUGUUUAAACAUGAAAAUCCACACAAUUUGAAUUACUUAUUUCUGUCACAAAUUCCAAAAUUAAAAUAGAAUUGAAAGAACCAUGUGCAAUUUACAUUUACGCGAGUAUAUAGAAAGUGAAAAAAACAACAACAAAUAAUAAUAUGUCGGAUAAAAAGAAAAAUCAGAUUUGGGAUGACAAAUUAAACCAUUAAAUACAAUUUUUUGAACUACAUAUUAGAGAUUUUUGAAGUAACGCUUUUACAUUUUUUAAUAAUAAAAGGAGUGAAUAAAUAGAUUAUUAAUAAAUUACACUCCUGAUUUUUGUAAGCUUUUUUUGGUUUUGUAGGAGUAUGAUUCGAUGAGUACAAUAACUAAUGAUUCUUAUGACUGAAACAUAUUUUUCAUUGUAGGACUAAACGAGAUCUGGCGAUUCUGUGGCAUUUGUUAUUAAUUUGAUACGUAUACGUAUAGACACGCAAGCAUUGAAUCUGAACAAAACAUUCAUUCAUUGACGAAUUCUCUAAAGAAAUAUUUUUGUUGUGAAAUAAUUGCGCAAGUUUUGUGUACAACUGAUCAAUUACCUUGUACCAAAACUGAUUACCUCUUACCUAUCCGUUAUCUUAUCAGAGUGGUUCGCGAAUUUGAGCUAUUUCGAGAUACACAUACGAAAUGAAUGAGCGGUACCAAGCAAGGUACCCGCACAAGUCCUCUUCGUGCAUUCCUAGAGGAACAGGUUAACGAAACGUCGACAUCAAGCGUUUCGCUUUCUCGUUCGGAGUCGUUGUGCGCGGCGCUCGCUCCGUGGAAUAGUUCACGUGGAUGCGGUUGACAUUCGAUUUAGUGGAGCCCACGGUGAGGACGUUAUGUUGGUGAAUUAGCGUAAGUGAUUGUGUUUUAUUAUAUGAGUGCCUGUACGGAUUAUGCCCGUGCGAACUGACAGUCCGGUCGUCAACAGCAGCACGAUUUGUAACGGAGCGCAAAGCUUGGUGGGAGCCCCGGGCUCCCACCACCCUCGCAUGGGGCCUCUCCCCAUAUGUCCCAUGGUACCGCAUUUGCACAACGAUCCGUUCUACUGUUCACCGUUCGGAAAUCCCUAUUUCAGAUCUCUGCCCGUACCAAGGCGACAUACACCAUAUUUCGGCCAACCCGACUACCGAAUAUACGAACUCAACAAGAGGCUACAGCAAAGGACGGAGGUUAGUUUAAAUGAAAGUGAUAAUCUUUGGUGGGACGCGUUUGCGACGGAGUUUUUUGAAGACGACGCCUCAUUAACGCUAGCUUUUUGUCUGGAAGACGGACCUAAACGAUACACAAUCGGAAGGACGUUAAUUCCGAGGUACUUUAGGAGUAUAUUUGAAGGUGGAGUGACGGAAUUGUACUAUAAUAUGAAGCAUCCGAAAGAGUCCUUCCACAACACUAGUAUUACGCUAGACUGUGAUCAAUGCACUAUGAUUACGCAUCAUGGUAAACCCUUAUUUACAAAGUUUCCAUUGCAGGUAUGUACAGAAGGUCGUUUAAUCCUAGAAUUUACCUUUGAUGACCUGAUGAGGAUAAAGUCGUGGCAUUUUGCGGUGCGAACGCAUCGCGAAUUAAUUCCUCGAUCCGUGGUAGGAAUGCAUUCACAACAAGAUCCCAGCAUGUUAGAUCAACUAUCAAAAAACAUCACGAGGCAAGGAAUCACGAAUUCCACCCUUAAUUACCUUAGGCUAUGUGUAAUACUAGAACCCAUGCAGGAAUUAAUGUCUAGGCAUAAAGCUUACGCAUUGAGUCCAAGGGAUUGUUUAAAAACGACACUAUUCCAAAAGUGGCAAAGGAUGGUUGCCCCGCCGGGUAAGAGAGAAUCACAACGGCCCGCUAAUAAACGAAGAAAACGGAAAGGAUCGAACUCAGGAGGGGCACCCAACAAUGCAACCCCAACACCUAACAAGAAGAGGUCACCAGGACCAAAUUUUUCUUUAGCAUCACAGGAUGUGAUGGUGGUGGGCGAGCCAUCGCUGAUGGGUGGCGAAUUCGGGGAUGAGGACGAGAGAUUGAUAACGCGUCUGGAAAACACCCAGUAUGACGCGGCCAACUCCUUAGACCAUGACAACCACGGUUUUCACGCGGACUCGCCGAUGCCGGGCUCGAACUCAUGGGGCGGGGGCGUGGGCGAUCGGGGGCCUGGUGUGGGUCCGUCGCAGGGCAACACCCCGUCGAAUCAGGACUCUGAUAAAAAAUCGCCCGCUGUGAGCCAGUGAUGAUAGUUCAAUCGUAACGAACAUGUAGAAUCUCUCCGAGUCAGUAUUUCCUGUUGAAAAGUGCGAUCACACGAUACUAGCCAGUGACAAGUUGUUUUUCAUUUUUUAUUUAAUUUUAUAUGCAAGUUUUACAAAGUAAAAAGAAUUACUUAAGUGCAAGAUUUUAUUGGGAGUGAGAUGAAAACUGCGUUUUAAUAAUAAAGAGUGGAUCGAGUAGCGCGAGGAGACUUGUAUAAUGCGUUGUCGGGGUUGUGGUGGCAGCACUGAAGGUGGUGAGGUGUGCUACGUGCUGACAACACAAGCUGGAUAAGGUUAUUGCACCCGAAAUUGUGCAAUCUUAAAAUGGUUCCUUUUGGAACCACUCACCAUAGGUACCUCUACAGAGUGAAUGUGGUUCUCGAAUGAUGCAGCUCAUUUGUACAGUAGAUAUAAAACAUCACACUGUCUUGUUUGUCUUCUGAGUAACACAGAUAUUUAAAUAUGGACGCCUCAAGUCAAAUUCCGACAGUUGAGACCACUGUAAGAUCAGGUGAUGGAGUUUUUAUUUAUUGGUUGAAUCACAUUUCCUAUAUUUAGCUGUAGGGUUAAGUUCCUAGCGAUUUUUUUAUUCAAUCACCGAAUCUUACAGUCUGUCGAACUGUCCGAAUUUCAUUUAGAAGCGUACUUUUACGAGUGGCACUCUUGAUCGGAGGCGAUCUCGUUUAUUAGGAUCAAUUUUGUAUAGUGAAGAUAAAUUUAAAUUGUAUAACAUACUUAUAAAUAUUAUGUCCAUUGAGAAUAUGUAAUUUACAUCCAAAUGUGAUGUAUUUUAUAGGAGCGUCUGAGUGAGUGAAGAUUUUAAGAAAACAAUUCUUUUAAACGAAUGCCUGCAUUUCUGUAUCGGUGUCAGAAUGAGAGUUUUAAUUGUAACAAGUAAUUAAAAAAUUAAAAUUUGGGACUGUAGUAUUUUUUACUAAGUCUCAUUUCCAGCUGUGUAAGUGUAUUUUUACAACUCUUUUGUCAGUAGUUGUGUGUGUCUUUCCUUGUUCCGGUUGUUUGGUUUAUUUCCAUUUUUUCAAUUUGUAAUCUCAUGUGUAAAGAGACUGUACCCAGUACAGCUCCUACUGCAACCUCACAAUACAACACUUACAAAUAU